AUGGAUGGACCCUACUCCUAUGUUGGCAAAGAUUCCUUGAGCUGUGUGCAAUGUGAUUCACUGAUGAAUUCCUGUGUUAACAGCAGCACCACUGAAUGUUCUGAUACAGCUGUCAGCUGUACCAGUUUUUUGAUCAACUUCUCUCUAGGUGAGCCUGGGUGUGUGCACCUCAUCAGUUUCCACUAUGCAGGAACUGAAGAGGGUGGUGAGCAGGAAAGGAACAUUAAGGUGCCCCAGACUGUGCAAGGAGAAGGUAUGUAUAAGGCCUGUUAUGAGAAGAAUUGCACCAAUAAUAGCGACAAGCAUGAGGCUUUCACCCUCCAUGUGUCUGAUGGAGAACGCUUCCAUUUGAGCCAGUGCUGCCAAGGAAAACAGUGCAAUGAUACCCACAAUGCCCUAGAUUCUCCAGUGGAAAAUGUGUCCAGUAAUAUAAUAUGCCAAGCAUGUUCUGGAUCUAAUGAAAGUUCCUGCAAUGUGAAAUCCAGGAAAUGUUAUAAAGAUGAACAAUGUGUUGAUCUAGUUGCAGAAUUUAAGAAUGGUUCCUUCAACUGUGUCCUUUUAGAAUUCAGCAGCCUUGGUGAAGGCUUGGGCUCAGGCAUCAUCUUCUGA